GCUGCAGUCCCGCCCGUCGGGGGCGGGGCGGGGACUACGCCGGGCGCUUCCCCGGCCCCGGCACGGCCUUAUCGGUCCGUUGUGCCGUGCCGUUGCCCGCCCGCCCGCCCGCCGCCGUGGCCGGAGCCGUCCCCGGAGCUGCCCGCAGCAGGCAUGGAUGGGAAGAAAUGCAGCGUGUGGAUGUUUCUGCCUCUUGUGUUCACCCUGUUUACCUCAGCUGGAUUAUGGAUAGUGUACUUCAUAGCAGUGGAAGAUAAUAAGAUCACCCCCCUAAGUGUACCAGAUAGGAAACCUGGUUCCAAAAGACCACCUUAUAUAAGCAUUGCAGGUGAUGCCCCUCCGGCGAGCUGCGUCUUCAGCCAAGUCAUGAACAUGGCUGCGUUUCUAGCGCUGGUGCUGGCUGUGCUGCGCUUCAUCCAGCUGAAGCCCAAGGUGCCGACCCCGUGGCUGAACGUCAGUGGCCUGGUGGCCUUGUGCUUGGCCUCUUUUGGGAUGACUCUGCUCGGCAACUUCCAGCUUUCCAAUGAUGAGGAGAUCCACAACGUGGGCACAUCGCUGACCUUUGGUUUCGGGACCUUAGCCUGCUGGAUCCAGUCUGCCCUCACCCUCAAGAUCAACCUGAAGAAUGAGGGACGGAAGGUGGGCAUCCCACGCGUCGCCCUGUCAGCCAGCAUCACCCUCUGCGUGGUGCUCUACUUCAUCCUGAUGGCACAGGGCAUCCACAUGCACGCUUCCAGGAUCCAGUGGGGGCUGGUGAUGUGCUUCCUGUGCUACUUUGGCACCUUUGCAGUGGAGUUCAGGCACUACAGGUUUGAGAUCGUUUGCUCGGAGUACCAGGAGAACUUUCUGAGCUUCUCUGAAAGCUUGUCGGAAGCCUCUGAGUACCAGACCGACCAGGUGUAGGCUGCCCUCUGGCAGGGGGGGAGGGGGGCAGGUGUGGGCUCAUGGGUUAAACAUGACCUCAUUUACACUUCUGGAUACGUUUGUUUUCAUGUGCAAUCCUGGUGGCUUUGCCAAAGGGCCCGGAGGGCGUCUGUCACACUUCGAGCCCAAGGAGAGCAGCUGUCUGCUCCGAGAGCAGCAGCUCCUUCUCACCAUGAACUGUCCAGGCUCUGCCACACUGCUCAGCAGCCAGCCCUGGCACUGCUCUGCCGGGACAGGCACUCCUCAGCUUGUUCUGCAGAGGAGGAGAUGAAGGAAAAGGACUUCUCUGGGCACCAAGAGUCUUCAGGAGGCAGUGGUUCCUAGGGCACCAAACUGCAUCUUUCACAUGUUUCUUGUGUUGUUUGCAUGGAUGCCAGCUGGCAUAACAUGCCAGGGGGAGGAGGAGUGACUGUUUCUUCUGCACUUGGAAGCAUGCAGUGGAAGACCCCAACUGAAGUGGCUUCUGUGUUGAGCAGGCAAGCAUCUCCUCCAGCCUGGAAAGAAGCAAGUGGUGCUGCCAGGUCUGGCAGAAACUGCUGUGAUCAGGACGUGUGGUGGAUGCUGCCCUGUAGCAGAGCAGGCAGCCUCAGGCCAGAGGAGGUGGCACAGCUGGGUGCUGUGCUCGGCUUUGUGUUUGAGACUCACCAGUGAGCAGUGGUGGAAGUGAAGCUCUGGAUGGAGGUGGAGAGGUCUGUGUGCUCAGAUGACCUAGAAAAAGCUGUUCUCUGUGUGCAGUGCUUCCACCACACACCUCUGUGGUCUUUCAGAAGCUGUGUUUUCAUUCGUGGAAGGGGUAAACUUUGUGUUGGAGACACUGGGCUCACCUGCAAGGAGAAUAGAAGCCUUGCAGGGGGUUCUGGGCACAGGGUUUGGGUUUCUGUACACUUAGAAGUAAAUCUUCAGACAUACUGAGAGCAGAGCUGGGCACCAGGCCCCCAGCUUGGAGUCUGCCACAGCUUUAAGUGGGUUUCGGAGGUGCAGGGAGGUAGUUCUACCGUGGAGGUUGAGUUGCUGGAGGGGCAGGAAGGGAACAAGCAACACCACACUGGCACAGGUUGCCCAGACAGGUAGUGGAAGUCUCAUCCCUGGAAGUUUCAAAGGCCAGGCUGGAUGUGGCUCUGAGCAAUCUGAUCUAGCGUGAGGUGUCCCUGCCCAUGGCAGGGAAGCUGAAACUGGAUGAUCCCUGAGGUCCCUUCCAGCCUUGACAAUGAGCACUAGAAGGGCUUUUCCCUCCCUGAAGGGAGCCUUGCAAAACAGAAGCUCUGGGCUGUGUGAUUGUUUGGGUUUUUUUUUAAAGCAAGAGCUCAAAGCCCCUCUUUGAAAAGCUGAUUUUGGGAAGGCUGAGCAGGAAGACCCUGGGAGCUGCUUCCCAUGGAUGUGGCUUCUGUUUCCCUCUAGUCAGGCUCAGCUUAGGCUUGCAUCUUGUCUGAGCUGCAGGAGAAUGAGAUGGAAAAUAAAAGGGCACUCAAAGGGCAACUGUUGCAUGCCAACAGCCUCAGCUGCUGCUGCCCAGCCUGCUCUGGGGAGUGUGGCUGAGCCCGCAGCAGCCAGGCUGCUCCUGUGGCUGGUGGCAGCCUGAUGGAUACACCUACCACUGGCACAGCUGCUAAGAGGUCAGACCAGCCACUCCCAGCUCCUCUGACCUCUGGUGCCUGGCUGGAACCUAAUGGGAUUAAUCUCUCACCAUAUCUAUCUCCCACUGACUGCAGCAGCUCUCCAGCAGCCCAGACAGGGAGCUCCUUCUGAGUGAGGGCAGGAGAGGACAGCCUGGAGCAAAGCUGCAGGUGAGGAUCCUUUUCCAGGAGCACAGACACUCUCUGCACAUGGAGCAUAAAACAGCUGCUUGCUUGGGUGGUGUUUUACUGUAAAUAGGCCACUGUGACCUUUUUUAACAGACUCAAUGAAUACUUUUCUGUUUUACCAUUUUCUAUUUUGGAUUUUAUCAAGGGGGAAACAAGAAAAUGCCUGUGAUGAUGAUGCUGAUGCUGAUUUUUUUCCUUCUCUCCUUUCCCUAUAUGCAAUCCAAACAGAAGUUCAGGUUUUUGCUGGUAAUUAUGUACAUGUCUUUGAAAUGUUUCUAACUGCACUUUUCAGUCCAACUCAGUGACUGCUCUGCCCUGAGACAUGACCACUAAAUAAAGUGCUUCUAUGGA